AUGGGCAAAUCCCGCAGGAAUAGAGCUCGGGGAAACCGUAGCGACCCGAUCGCAAAACCUGUGAAACCACCAUCAGAUCCAGAGCUCGCCAAGCUCCGUGAGAGCAAGAUCUUGCCGGUGCUCAAAGACUUGCAAAGCCCACAAGCCAAGUCCAGGACAGCGGCUGCCGGCGCCAUCGCCAACAUUGUCCAAGAUACCAAAUGCAGGAAGCUGCUUCUACGGGAGCAGGUCGUCCACAUCGUCCUCACCGAGACACUCACCGACAACAGCAUCGAUAGCCGGACAGCUGGUUGGGAGAUUCUCAAGGUGCUGGCCCAGGAGGAGGAGGCGGACUUUUGCGUGCAUUUGUACAGGCUCGAUGUUCUGUCAGCGAUUGAACAUGCUGCCAAGGCGAUCCUCGAAACGCUCACAGCAACUGAGCCUCCGUUCUCAAAACUGCUGAAGGCCCAGCAACGGCUAGUAUGGGACAUUACCAGCUCUCUGCUCACACUUAUCGGUCUUUUAGCAUUGGCCCGGGAAGAGAUUCUCCAAGCCAUUGUCAAAAACCAGAUCAUCCUGCGCCUCCUAUUCCGUUUAGCUUCCACCGACGUCGCCCCCCAGGAGAUGUUUGAGGAGGCCGUUUCAUGUCUCACGACGUUAUCAGAAGACAGUCUUGAACUUGGCCAGGCUAUGACGAACGAUCAGGAAACCCAGUGUUACGAUGUCCUUCUAAAACUGGCGACCACGGGAACUGGGCCGAGGGCGGUGUUAUCCUGCGGUGUCCUCCACAAUGUUUUCUCGUCAUUACAGUGGCUGGAUCACAGCCCUGGCAAGGACGGAGCAUGUGAUGCUGUCCUUGUCCCCAGUCUAGCGCGGGCACUGGAGCAGGUCACACCAAACGGUGCACCUGCUAACGGAAGUUCGAGCCAUGGCGAAAUCACACAAAUUACCCUCGAAAUACUAGCCUCUAUCGGGACUGAUUUCCAGGAGACGCUCGUAAAGGGUAACCGCGCACCGUUAGAUCCUGCCAAGGCCAACGAGGAGUGGAAUGGUUUUGACGACGCUGACGCCGACGCCGAUGCGAUGGAUGUUGACCAAGGAUCGGACGCCGGAGUCGAAGAGGACGACCAAGAGGAGGGGGAAGGAGAGGACGAUGAAGAAGACGGUGACGACGACUCGAUCACGUCGGACAUGGAAGCCGACAUGGACCGCGUCGCAGGUGAAGAGGGGUCAGGGGCCGGCGACAUCAACGAUCUACCAACACUCCGCGAGCUCAUCCAAAGAGCCGUCCCGCAACUCAUCCGCUUAACCAACAUCCCCGUCAACAGCGAAGAGACCCUCGCUAUUCAAUCCCACUCUCUCUCCGCGCUCAAUAACAUCGCCUGGACUAUCUCUUGUCUGGAGUUCGGCAACGGCGAGAACGCCCACAUCUUGGGCGCCUGGUUCCCGACAGCCAAAAAACUCUGGCGCAAGGCGAUAGCACCCAUUCUCGACGCUGACAGCGCCGACCUGAAACUAGCCACGCAGGUAACCGGCCUCGCCUGGGCCGUUGCGCGUACCCUGAACGGCGAGACGCCGUCGGACGGCAGCCAGCACCGCAAGUUCAUCUCGCUCUACCACGCCGCUUCCAAGAGCCCAACCCAACAACAACAACCCGAAGGCGGCCAAAACGACGGCAGCGAGGCGCAAGAAGACCCCUUCCAGGGUCUCGGCGUCAAAUGUAUCGGCGUGCUCGGGUCGCUGGCGCGAGAUCCCGCCCCUAUCGAGGUCAACCGAGAGGUGGGCGUCUUCCUCAUGGCGCUCCUCGGCAGCGACGCGGCGGCGCCGGCCGAUAUUGUUGAGGCGCUGAACCAGCUGUUCGACCUGUACGGUGACGAGCAGCCACCGUGUGACAAGGAGGUGUUCUGGAAGGACGGCUUCCUGAAGCACCUCGAGGAGUUUGUGCCCCGGAUGAAGGUGCUGGUGAAGGGGGUGGACAAGAGGGCGCAGGCCGAGCUCAGAACGCGGGCGGACGAGGCGUUGCUCAACCUGGGGAGGUUCGUGCAGUACAAGAAGAAGCAUGCGCCUAAGUGA